GGGACGAGUCAAACCGAUUUCAGCUAUCAAUUAGAAGACAAAGGUCUGAAUAAAAGGGAUUUCACUCUAAUUGCUUGGGAUCCACCCGGUUAUGGGUUCAGUAGACCCCCGGCCAGGGUUUAUGAUAAGGAUGUCUAUCAAAGAGAUGCUGAAUUGGCUGCAAAAAUGAUGAAUAAAAUGGGUCAUAAAAGCUAUUCAGUGUUGGGAUGGAGUGAUGGGGCAAAGACUGGGCUAAUAAUGGCAAUCAAUUAUAAGUCAAGAAUCGACAAACUGGUCAUUUGGGGCGGAAAUGCAUAUGUAUUGCCUCAGGAAAAGUAUGCCUUACAUGCCAUCAGAGAUCCAAGCAAAUGGAAACUACAGACACUUCAACACUUUGAGGCCGUUUAUGGCAAUGAGUUGAAAGACAUGUGGAAUAAACACUGCGACCAUUACAUUAAAAACCUGGAUGAUAUUUGCAAGAAUGAUGUCCACCAAAUUCGUUGUCCUACACUUGUGCUUCAUGGUGAUCUGGAUCCACUACCUGAAGAGCACCCACUAUUUCUAACUGACAAAAUUGCUUAUUCAGAGCUCUACCGGUUCCCACGCGGGGCUCAUAAUAUUCAUCAGGAGUUUAGUGAUGAGUUCAACAAGGUUGUUUCUAACUUUCUACUGGAUGACAGUUACUGAUUUAAACCCAAUAUUUCCAC